ACAGAGAAGACGAAACCCUAGUAGCUGAGAGUGAGUGUGAAGAUUAGGAGAAAAUGCCGCCGAAAUUGGACCCAUCUCAAAUCGUCGACGUCUACGUCCGAGUCACCGGAGGUGAAGUCGGAGCAGCGAGUUCACUUGCCCCGAAGAUCGGUCCACUCGGUCUCGCGCCGAAGAAGAUCGGAGAAGACAUCGCCAAGGAGACGGCGAAAGAAUGGAAAGGGCUUCGAGUCACCGUCAAGCUCACGGUCCAGAAUCGUCAAGCUAAGGUCACCGUUGUUCCUUCCGCGGCGGCUCUGGUCAUCAAGGCGCUCAAGGAGCCAGAGCGAGAUCGUAAGAAGGUGAAGAACAUCAAACAUAACGGGAACAUCUCGUUUGAUGACGUUAUCGAGAUCUCCAAAAUUAUGCGUCCGAGAUCGAUUGCAAAGGAAUUGAGUGGAACGGUGAGGGAAAUCUUGGGGACUUGCGUCUCCGUUGGUUGUACGGUCGAUGGCAGAGACCCGAAGGAUCUUCAGGAAGAAAUCGUCAAUGGAGACAUUGAAGUUCCUAACGAGUGAAGGUUUUACUUUUUGGCUUCUCUUAUUCGUAUUUUUGUUGUAUUUUGAUUUCGAGGAUUUGCUUUUUUAGUAUACUAUAUUUCGGUAUUGAGAAACUCGGAAGACGUUUUUUGGAUUUGCACAUUUGAAUCCUUUCUUGGGAUACAAUUAGAAAUGUUUCAUUUCUAUAAUC